AAAAAAAUUAAAGAUGACAUUAGAUUUCUGUUCCAUUGUCAUGUUCUCUAACAAUGUAACUAUUGUUUGAUCAUUGAUUGUGGCUGCUUUUCAUGUUUUCGAAUUUCAAAUAUGAAUAUUUUAUAACCAAAGUACUGAUACAAAUUUCAAUGGGUUUUCAAUUCAAUCGUUGGAUGUAUUUUUAAAGUAACAAAAUCUAUACGCCAAUAAUGGAUUGACAUUGUAGUGUGUUGUGUGCAUUUAAAACGAAUGGAAUUCUGGGCCGGGUCUAGGCUUCUUUGCACCCUGUGAUUUUCUUGGAAGACGCUCAGAGACUGCGUAUUGUAUCAUUUUAUAAUAAUAGGGAAGAAAAAAUGCGAUCGUAUUACUCCACUAUUUAAUCUACGUUUGGAUCAAUUAACUUGAAACCCGCCGAGUUGGUGGAGCGAAACUAUUGUUGUGAAAGGGUCUAAAGAGAAAAGGUUAAUAGUGGCUGUUGAUAUAGGGUAUAAGAAGAUAGGAAUUGUUGUAUUUAUGACCGCAAAAAUCCAUAACCAACGCUACUGUUUGAACAACAUUGCAAAAUACUAGGAACCUUGUAUUUACUCGAGUCUCGGAUUAAUACUGUACGAAUUGGGAUAGAAAUUCACUGUAUAAAACGGAACCAUGAGGAACAGAAAGCAGAUGGUGUAUAAAUUAUCGGAAGUCCAGAAAGGAAACGGUGUGGCGAGACCAGUCGGAAAUGGGCUUGGUCCUAACAGAAACGCCCCUCGGGCAGGGGUGUGCGACUGUGGUUUAGAUAACUUCCUGCCAAGAUGGACCCAUUGGGUGGUGUUUGUACUGACUGUGUGUGUCAGAAUGUACUACAUUAGUCAGCCUCGCAGUUUGUGGAUCCUACACCCAGACGAAAUAUAUCAGACAAUAGAAGUUGCCUUCUCCGAGUACCAUGGCUAUGGGUUCCGCUUCUACGACUAUCUUCCUCCGCCAACAAAUGCAUCGUCUGUGGAGGAGCAGGAAUUACAAUCCGGGAUGUUCAGUUUACGGUCGUUCCUGCUGCCCAGACUUUACAUGCUCAUGUUCGCCAUUGCAGACUUGCUCACAGUGAAGAUACAUCCGCUAAUGAUUGCAAGAAUUGGUCAUGUGAUAGUGACGUCAUUUUUACCAUUGGUUGUGUACUAUUUAGUAAGAAGACUAUAUCCAUGUGUUCUGACGAGUCAACUGGCUUCAAUAUUCACCGCAUGCUCACUUCCUCUCUCUGUCCUUGGAACGCAUGCGCUAGACAAUAGCUUCCUCAGUCCUUUUGUGAUUGCAUCUUUGACACCAAUACUUGGAUUUUUUCUUGACCGUAGAUAUAAUCCAACAGAGGCCAUGUUGAAUUCUUGUACCACUAAUAAUGAGAACCAAUCGAACGCAGACCAAUCGAACACUACAAGCAGUACAAAUAAAACCGCCGAGAAAGGACUAAACGGUCACAUUCAGAAGAAGACCCCGUCAAUAAAAUUCUCUGUAAUAUGUCAAGGAAUGACAUAUCUUUUAUGUGGAUUCGUACUGGGGAUUGCUUGUUACAUUCGUAUUGAUACGACCGUUUUCGUGGGUUCACUUUUACUGACAUACUCGCUGAUAUUUAUUCAGUUUAACCAGGUCACUGACGCACUUUUCAUGGCAUUGUUUGCUAGCGGUGGAUUCGCCACGGCUAUUUGGGUGGGAGGUUAUGAAGAUUUAUAUAGAUAUGGUAGCAUGUUCAUGUCGCCUCAUCAAUGGUUUAACUUUAACAUGAAGAACAGUUUGUCACCCGUUUUGUUUGGGGAUCAGAAACCAUUGAAAUUUCUCGUAGAGAUUUUGUUCUCCGAUUUAUAUUCAUCUCUGUUUACAGUUUUAUCGUUAAUUGGACUGUCUGUUGGUUUUGUUAGGUUCUCUGCUAGAAGAACAGCGAAUUUGGAGAAUAUCAUUACAAUUGUUCUUAUAUUCUUAACUAUAAUUCAAUUUGUUUCCAACUCCUUGAUCAGACAGCUUGAGACUAGACACUUGCAUAAUGCUGUUGUGUUGGUAUUGAUCAUCUGCGCUUAUUCUUUUCAUCAGAAUUUAGCGCUUUUGAGACAAAGUAUUCUUAAAGAAGAACAGCUUAAAGUUUUAUUAAUUUUCUUUCUGGGACUUUACGCUCUCAAUUCCUAUAGUAUUUAUCCGUCACCCGACUCAUCGACUGAUAACCCGUGGAACUACCCUCGAAUGAAAGAAUCCAGGGACGUUAAUUUAUGCCUGGAGUUUACCAGUGGUCGUAACAACGUGACCGGUGUUUUUGUAGAUAGUAAUUUGUAUCUGACGUACGGAUACACCAUUCUUAAUCAUAACGUACCUCUGCUCAUCCUCAUCCAUAACGAAUAUCAUGAAUACAGAACCAGGAAUUUCCUGAUGAUUUCACAUCACGAAUUUCAUAUCACUGAGCAUAUACGGAUGAUGAAUCGCUUUUCAGACUUCAUAUAUAAAACUAAUGAAUUUUAUUUGAAAAAAGUUUUACUUGGAAGAACAGAAUAUAAUUAUGUGAUUUGUGAUAAGAUUCGGGCUCCAAUUUUCUUCGAGUUAGGGUUUCAACCGGUAUAUUCAACGGAAGGUUUUUUGACUUUAUAUCGCAGUCUCAAUGAAAAAGAAGCGAGGAAGAGUAUCUCCUUGUCUAGAUCCAUGGUAUCGGGAGAAAAUGCAACAUUAUUGGAAUACGAAGGGAGCUGGCUUUACACUGCUUCAGAAUUUGAUGUAGCCGCCGAGAGAUUAGAAAAAUGUUUGGAAGUAAACGACUCCCGAUGGAGGCCAUACCAACUGCUUGGAAUGUCGUAUGUCAAAAUGAGGAAGUGGGAUUUAGCUAGAGACGUGGAGAUGAGGUGCUUUCAGAGGCAUGGGGAGCGAACGUGUAGACAAAAACAAGCUAGAAUAGUUCUUGAUCAGAACAAGGAUCCUAUUAGUGGUAUUUAAAAUGUUUUCACACUUUGUAUCAAAUGUGAAUCUUAAUGUUGUUCAAUCAGAUCACUGUGUCUGAAACAUGUUAUAUAAAACGCUAACAUAA